GUCUGGAGGAAAAUUGUGUAAACUUGUGCAUUUAUUCUUGUUACCGAAGCUAAGACGUAAGAGUUGGUGUUGGCAGUUUUGUACGCUGACAGCUGUCACCACAGUACUAUUUAGCUAGCUGUUAGCCUAGCGGCUAACUGCGCUAUAGUUUAGUUACAUAAGUGUUCAUCUCCUACAGAAUGCAGAUGUUGUUAUUUAUCAUCUGCAUUCGGGGAUUUUAAAUGUAAAUCCACAAAUCAUAAAGAUAAUGUGCAGACAACUGUUUUAUAAAGACACUAAAAGUCCAGUUAUAGCACGGGCCUGUAAGAACACACCCUCCCACUUCAGAGCUUCAGGACAGCCGAGUCCCAAACUAAUGUUGUUAUAUAUUUCGCUGAUUUUAUGUAAUAUUUAAAAGGUACUUUUCCCAAGUGUUUUAACACACUGCAUGGAAUUUCUGAACACAUUAAAUUCAUUUAAAAAGUUUAUUUUAUUUUGUAUACCGAAACAAUUGAAAUUGAAAUUAUUGUUUGUCUAAAACUGAUAGUCUGACACUAGUUUUCCUAAAUAACAAAUCGCAGUCAAUUGCGUCGCAAAUUCUCCAAAGGCAUCGCAGCCCACCUCCAAUAAAUGUCUUCAAUUAUUUCUGCCUAUAGUCUUUCUGGACUAUAGUCUUCAGUUCUCUCCACAGAUUUUCUUUGUGACUUGAGUCAGGGCUUUGUACAGGCUCCUCAUUAAUGUCCAAGCUGAUGUGAAGUUAAGAAACAGUUCUGCAGAAGUCAUCCUCGGAAUUAAGGAGCUGCUUCUUGUGCAGAAGUAAAGGAGCUGCUUGAAAAAUCUUGAAUUUUUGGGAUUGAGUCAGGCAUUACUGGCAGUCUGUGUGCUUCUAACCCACCAGCAUGUACAGAGGACAGUGGAUACUUUAGCCAAAAUAGAUCCUGGCUUCCCAAAGAUGACAAGGUGCUGGCAGGCAGCAGCUUCAAAAUGAUGGGAGGCAGUGAGACUGUCAGUGGGGACAGGGAUGGUGUCCACACCACUGCAAUACACGUCCCCAUCGGCUGGCAGAGGAGAGUGGAGGCUGGGCAGGUGAUCUAUGUCAGUCCCAGUGGCACCACCCUGUCCUCUCUGGAUGAGGUCAAGACCUAUCUGAUGACUGAUGGCACUUGCAAAUGUGGUCUGGAGUGUCCACUUGUCAUCCAUAAGGUGUUCAACUUCAUGAUGGGAGUGAAGGUGGAACCAAACAGCCACCCUGUAGGCAAAACUGAGCAGGACAUGACCAAACUGUGUAACCAUCGCCGGAAAGUGGUGGCCAUGGCUGCACUUUGUCGUAGUAUGCAGGCCUCACAACUGCCCUUUGCCAACCUUCAUCAUUCUGAGUUGAUCAGUCCAGUGGAUAACCGUGAUUCAAACGGCAUACCUUUGGAGCGACAGGAUGAGGAACAUGGCUUUUUCCAUCCAAAAGUUCAUCCAGUCUCUGUCCGACCACACAACAACUUUCACCCAAAUAACUCUACCAGCCCAAAAUCCUCCAACCAGUUUAUAUACCCAUGUAACGGUUCUACUCCUAUUCUUCACACAGGCACAAACAAUCAUAAUUCCUUAGAUACUCUGAGAAGAUUUCACCAUCCUCCUUCUCUCCAUACAUCCCCCACUUCCUCUUCUGUCUUCUCAUUCCCUUCUUACACCACUACUCAGAGGUCACCCCGCACUUCCACAAUUCAGAAUGUCAGUCAAGGUCAAAGAACACCAAAAACACCAGACACCCCUAGCUCUCCAAAGUUAGGGACCCGUUCCCCGCCUCCUCCCUCCUCCCCGAUGACUGUUGCUGGAGGAAGCGGCAGACAGGCUCAUGCUCAUCACCCUCAUGGCGUCAUUGUAGGAUGCUCUUCUAAAUCUCCAUCUCCUUCAAUCUCACCCUCUGUCCAUAAUAUGAACUGUGUUUCUCCUCACCAGCGAACUCGCCAUCCUUCAGCCUCUCCUUCUCCUCGCUCUGAGCAGGGCACUGCGACAGCAGCAGAAGGAGGACAAAUAGGAAGUAACUUGUCUAAGAGAAGAAAAUCAUCUUCUUCCUCUCCACAGUCCCCAAUCCCUGGUGGUUCCCCUAAUCCUAGUCCUCAUUUCCCAAAAUACAAACUGGAAGACUUCUUGGAGCAAUUUAAGAACUCAGGCAGCAGCAGCACUAAUAACCAUCUUCUUAAUCCUGAUAAUCCUUCUGUACUUGCUUACCAAAGCAGGGGUAAACAACAAACUCUGUCUUCAAAACCUUUAAAGAUCAAGAGUCAGACUUCCAACACAGGGUCUCCAGGUUUUGGGUUAAACUCGACAAGUUCCUCUAGUUUACCUCUGGGCACAUUUCUCAGCCAUCAUCACAAUCAUACUGGCAAAAUACCACACACCACAUCUUUUCCUGCAAGUAACUUGCUUUCCGCAGCUGCAAAGGCUCAGCUGACAAACCAGAUUACCCAGGGACAUAGCUCAAAUGCUGCCAGCAGCGAUGGGAGCUUGCCCCCUUCAAUGGAGGUCUUGAAAGAGGCACAGCAGCAACAGCCAUCAAAGGUAACUAACAGCACUUUACAUAACAGCAACCCUCCCUCCAACACUGCUUCUAGACCUCCCCACCCCUCCCUUGCAGCAGCCUCUGCCAUCCUUUUUCCUCCAUGCCACUCUCUGGCCCAGUCCCUGGCCUCCUCCCUGCCUCACCUGCCUCCCACAGCAGAACGUGGUGCAUCGCACAGGAAGAGGCAGCGGCAACCUCCCACUGUGCUCAGCAUGCUAAGGGACACCCAGCAGAUGGUUAAUGGGCCCCAGAAGACCCCACUGAGAGAAGCUGUUUCUGCUUCAGUCAUCAACCUUUCCUCAUCAUCCUCACGCUCCUUGUCACACUCCUUCUCCUCUACCUCAACGGUGCAGAGCCAGAAUAAUGUCGUGCUGGAAACACAUCGUCCUCAUCAUCUCCUGCCUGGGCAGAUGUCCAGGCUCCCUACCCCCCAACAGAUGGCACACCUUGCAAGGCCUUCACGGCCAAACGAUUUGCUGGAUUUUACUACAGGCCUGACACCAACACCACUUGGCUUAGAUCCUCCAACUCAGCCUCUGUCUGCGCUCUUACACCUCCUUAGUGUGCAGAAUGCGCAGGCCUCAGUUUCCACGACAGCUUCUAAAUCUCAGCCCGGAUCCUUGUCUUUUGAUGGCGUGGGAUACACUGAUAAAUCAAGCCCCCAAAAGACACCCUCUUCUCCUGUCUCUCAGUCUAUUAUCAGGCACCAACAAAGUCAGUCUCCCUGCCGAACUGAUGACACUAAUUCCUUUCCACGGCCCCUUUCUCCGCCUUCUACUUCCUCUCAGUUCAAAUCAGUGCAGUCUCAUUCACAGUCUCUCCCCAAGUCAGAUAAUUUACAAAGACUCCCUUCUUCAACACUCCUACCCAACUCAAAUGGAGCUUUAUUAAACAGCAUCUCAUCUCCACAUAUGUCGCCAACAUCCCACGAAAAGUCUCUACCAACUGAAAAUCACAUGUCAACAUUGGACUCUGUUUCCCAGCCAACUCUGCAGGAAAAUUCACCAGAGGGGACGGUGACAGUGGACAUGGGUAGUAACAACUCAUCAACAACUAUGGACCAUACUCAUUCUCAAGGCAAUGUUUCUAUGGCAUUAUCCACCUCCCCAAAACCUUUAGAUCUUAGCAACCACGUCCUGGCACUUCUCGCAGCAUCCUCUGUGCCACAGGGAGAGGGCGGCUCUGACCAGACCUGUGACAAAUCUUCCCAAGGAAAUCAUGCUAUAGGGCCAGAAGAGACUGGAUGUAUGGACUUGAAGGCCACUGCAGUGACCAAACCUCCAGCAACCAUCAGUCCAGGCCCCACCAUCCAUUCUCCUCUUGGGGAAAAUAACAAUACCACGGCUCCUUCAUCUGUGGUUGACUCAUCAUCUACUUCACCUUUGGCGGAGGCUUUUCCCUUCAUGAACCAAGAACAGUUGUUACAGUUGUUGUCAUCUACAGGAGGUCUCCCGUCCCUCUUGGACCCCGCUGCCCUUGCUUCAUUACCACUUUGGGGAAUGUGGUUGGGAGGACAACAAGCACAGAUACAGACUGCUGAUGCUGCACUACAUACACCACAGAAUCUUACAGAUCAGCUGCAAUCAGAACAGCAGCAGCAGCAGCAUCAACAGUCUUUGUUGAUGCAACAAGAAACACAGCAACAGAACCAGGACCAACAAAAGCAACAACAGAUAAACACCAACCCUCUGUUUCCAUUGUUACCCUUGUUGAGUGGUUCACAGGGGGAGUUGCCUCUCAACAUUUUGGGACUGUUGAACCCAUUGCCACCUCCAGCCUCAUCCUCAGGACAGGAACCAGAUUUAGGACUUGCAGAAAAGACAAACCUCCAUGCUUUGCUUAUGGCCUCUUUAAUGCUGGGGCAACAGCAUGCCCCAUUAAUACCUCUGUCUGGGCUGGGUCAGCUGAGCCAGGUCAGUUUGGAAGUUCCUCUCCAGCAGCAGGGUCUUCCUCUUGAUAAGGUCUCUGGUCUUUUAGAUCCAUCAACCCUACCAGGCGCAGGCCUUCUGGAAGUCACUCAAGGACUUCUACCCAUCCCCCCUGGAGCUGAGGGCACUAUCCAGUCCCUACAGUCUUUGCUGCUUCCUGCUACUCUCCCUCAUCCCGCAGCCUUCCUUCCCCUCAACCCUGCCUUACUCACUGCUGCCCUGAGCUCUGCUGAUCUCCACCCACAUCCCCACACCCAUUUAAAUUCUGCACAACAGAGUCAACAUACCCAACCUCAGGUAACUUCUGACACCGGUGUUGACACUCUCAUACCCCUUCCUCUCCAAGCUAAAGACAACCCAAUCCUUCAACAGUUACUUCCCACUUUGCUUAACUCUGCGGUGUUAGGAGAUCUGUCUGGUAUCGCAAGUCUUCAUAAUAUGGUGGGGAUCGGAGCUGGUUCAAUUCUCCUUCCGCCAGUUCAAACCUCUGCUUUGGGUAUGCCUUUGUUGCAGGGUCCUGAUGGGGCCAUCAACUUGAUCAAUAACCUACAGCUUAAUCUUGCACCACCCUCCGAGGGAGAGAAGCCAACACUGCAGGAAACACAAACCCCUGUCCCACAGGAAGACAUUCCAGCCAGUCAGAUUGCACCUGAUGUGCUCCCCAGUACUGCUCCAGGCCCUCCUUCAGCUCUUGCCCCUGCCCAUGAUCGCACCCAGCCUUCCCGGCGAGAAUCUGAAGGCAGGCCUGUGAUCGAUCCCUACACUUCUUUCAUGGAUACAAUUUAUACCUCUUUCCUUCAAGUCAGCGCUAAAGAGCAGGAAGACGGGGCCCACUUGGGGCCAUCUGACCCCACCUCACCCUUCUGUGCCUUACCGCCGGUUUCUUUCCCCAUGGAGCACCAUAGCCCGUCCGCCCCUAUCUCAACUCUGCCACAGGCAAGUGCCCCAGUUUCGCUCAGUCCACGCAGGGCAUGUUCACUCCGCAACUCGGACUUAUCUCGACUAAGCCUAGAAGCAGCAGCACAUUCCCCAGCUCAGGGGACACCAAAACCCACAGAGGACGGGUCUACAUCACCCUUACAAAGGAAACCAGUUAUAGUAGAAGGACAUACUCACCCAGAACCUCCUUUGCCACCCAUAUACUUGGAGGAGGCCAAGACAGACUGUACUGGACCAGCUGCAGCUGUGUGUACAUUUGUGGAGGCAGGUGGGGAGAGGCAGGUCCAUCUUCCACAUUCAGGGUACCUUAGUGCCACAGAUGGAUACAGUGGGAGGCCCGACGAAGAGACAGCUGCAUCUUUAGUGCUCUCUGAACAGGGAAUGGAUCAAGCAGGAACUGUAGGUGGAGCCAGAAGAGGAAGGAAAAGGAAACAAACGCUACAUAAUGUUUUAGAAGACUUCAGAGACAUGGAUGCUACAGCACUAGAAGACACCAAGGCUACGGCAGCACUGCUGAAGCCUGAGAGGUCGAUCCGUGGCAGAAGGCGACGAGGUGCCAGGUCUCAGAGGCAGUGAUGGGUGGGGCCGGCUGUCACUCAGAGCUCUGCACCAAUUAAAAGGCAGUCGGAGGCACCUUUGUCCUGCACCAUCAUCACCACUGUCUAGACUUUUUUUUUUCUAUAUGAAUUCAACUGCACUAAUACAGUACGUUGUUGUCAUGUGAUCCAUUGUUAUGGCAACCACUACGAAAACACAUAGGAGACGGAUCUAGUCUGAGAAAAACAUUUACAAAAAAGUGAAAUAAGUUGUUUUUCACUUAGGUCUUCUCUUAGGUCUAGUUGAAAAUGUAAUGGUUGCUUUACAUGUAUGGUCAGAGAUCUGGUAAUAAUGCUUGGUGUUAGACUUAUGUCAGUCAGAAAAUAGAAAAGGUUUAACAAAGGAGUACUGUUUUCUUCUCAUCAGUGUGUAACUGUGAGUCAGGAUAAAGCCCAUUUACUUGAACGAUGCUCUCUGUUGAAACUGUGUGUCUGUGUGUGUGUGUGUGUGUGUAUAUGUCUUAAUGUGUUUGAGUGUGUUUUUGGACAACAGUGCUGUUGCUGAGCCCCUUGCUGUCCAAAGUUUUUGUUUAAGUAAACAUUCUUUAUAAGGAAAAGAGAGACAGCCAUUUAUUUUUUGUUUUCACAAAGGUGUUCUUUUAUUUUCCUUUUUUCAUCAGUUUAUUAUAUACUUUGGACCAAGACAAGAAGUAAUGUGACUCACUCCAUCAGGUUUCUAAGCCAGUUUACAUCAGUGAUGUAUCACCAUUGUUUUUAAAUUUUAAUGAAUCCCAAUUCCACCUCCCGUGAAAGUGGUUGUAUGUCAUCCAUAAUCAUAGGACCUAAGGAGGAAACAUUGUAAAAAUAUAUAUCCUGACCACACAGUUUUUACAAGGCCAGGUCUCACUUCUGAAUUAUUUUCAGAAAAAUCAGCAUUGUCCAAACAUUUAAAUCUGAUACGUUUUCACACGCUGCUUCAUGUGUUGUUGCAGGGAACUGUUAGCAUCUGUGCUGGAUGACGACUUUCGUCCUUCUCCAACGAUGAGAUAAAUCAAAGUCUGGAACAAAUAUUUUUGUUAACUAAAGUUAUGGAGAAAAAAAUACUAUUACUACUUAAUUACUGAGAGCGAACAUGUCUUGUGUGAAUCUUUUGAUUCCGUAUGUUACUGUGGAUUUUUAGUACUAUCUUUCCACCCUUUCAUACCUGUAUCACUGUGUGAGCACUCCUCCACACACUGCCCUGCCCCAAGAGUACUGGCAUCUCUAGUUGUAUUUAAAACAAAAAAGUCAAAGUGAAAAAGAAAGCAGAAUAUGCAAUUUCUACACUUGGAAAUGUGUACAUAUGUACAGUUAACGUGUUUUAUUUUGAUUUUAUAUUGUGAGAGAACGAGAUGAGAGAAAACAAUGAAUUGUGAAUUUUUCUGGGAAUUGUAAUUAAGUAUUUUUCUCAUUCUACCCCUUGUUUUCAAUACUUAAGUUUUACGAAAAGAUUAAAUUGUGGACUGUAGCUUUCAUUUUUAUAUGGGAGUCUUUUUUUAUUUAAUAUUAAAAUAUUUACAGAAAAUGUA